AUGUCUGUCUCAGAACUUGGUGCUGCUAAAAUGCAGGAACAACAGGUAUCCAAUAGGAAAAGCAUUCUCCCGUCUGCAUCUAUGGAACUGGAUGGUUCCUACUUAAGUGUAGCCAAACCACAGAUCCACACUCAAACCAAGCAGAGGCCUAAGUCUGCAAAUCAGGACUCCGCUUUGGACUCGCUUGUGGAAUUUAGGAAUAAUUCUUUGAAACCAGCAACCCUUCAUUAUUCCAAAGAAGAUAUGAGCAAGGUGCCCUCAGAGACCAGAGCAUGUAAUUACAGAUCCCCAGGGAAAAAACUAGUAGACGCAGUCCCAACAGAGAAAGCCCCUCCCAAAGAACUGAAGAUGAAGGAAUGCCAGCACCUUCAGGCUCCUCCGUCUAGUCAGUGUUGUGGCCAUGGACUUUCUGAAAAUGCAGAUCAUGUUCACGAGAACCAUCCAACAAACAUGGGCCCUCAGCAUUCCAAGACACAGCUGGACUCAUGCAGGUUUUGUGGGCUUUCCUGGGCGUCUCUGAUGCAUGGCCAUGGGGCACUGCCACCUAAUGAAAAUGAUGUCAGAAAGCAGCUCUCGGAAGAUAGGAGGCAGCAACUUAUGCUUCAGAAAAUGGAGCUGGAAAUUGAAAAGGAGCGCCUUCAGCAUCUGUUGGCCCAGCAGGAGACAAAACUUCUCCUGAAACAGCAGCAGCUUCAUCAGUCUCGACUGGACUAUAACUGGUUAAGGACUCAAGCUGUAUUUAAGUCAAGAGAACUGAUUGCUAAUAAAGAAAUUACUAAACCUCGAGAGCUCAAUCUGGAUAUGAAUGGGAGUGGCUCUGGACCAAGUUUAUUGAAGUCAGAGUGUGAUGACUGGACACUUGGAACAUCACCAUCCAGCAAAAAGUGCCAAGACUCCACUAACAGUGGAGGAAGUAGAAGGGAUAAGAAGACAGUUGGGUUUCAAUCGCAGAUGGAAGAUGAUGCCCUGUGGACCAGUCAGAAGAAAGAUGCAUGUCGACCCCAAAGAGGGACAGUGGCAGAAUUUCGAAAAGAUGCGUCCACGUCUCCUAUGACAACAGGGAGCCAGAAGGAGCUUGUGAUCCCAGCUACGUCAUCCUCCCAACAUGACAGCUCCCGGUAUGAGACGUCUCUGUUGGAUUUGGUUCAAUCUCUGAGUCCAAAGACUGCUUCCAAACCGCGGCCCCAUCGCUCCAGAGAAGCUGGGUCAUGGAAUCACAGUACUUGCCGACUCAGUCCUCUGAAAUCAACCUGGAACAAGACCAGGGCCGGCAGCACCCCUGAAGACCUGGAGGAGAAUCAGAUUCUAGAAGAUAUCUUUUUCAUUUGA